AUGAGUAGCCAACUUCCUCUAAUCCUUCUCUUGCUAUUUGUAGCACAGUGUCUCCUCUUUUUAAUUUCCUCUGUUUCCUUAUCUGCAUAUGCUUUGUGCCAAAAUGAUGAACGUCUUGCCCUACUCCAUUUCAAACAGUCCUUAAAAAUAGAUACCAAUCCAAUAGAUUAUUGUGUCCAGAGUUCCAUUCAGCAGAAUUCCUAUGAAAGUGUCCAGAAUUCCUAUCCAAAAACGAUUUCUUGGAAUAGUAGCAUUGAUUGUUGCUUGUGGGAUGGAGUUACAUGUGACGAGUCCACAGGCCAAGUGAUUGAGCUUGAUCUUAGUUGCGGUCUACUUCUGGGAAUAUUUGAAUCCGAUAGCACUCUCUUCCACCUCUCUCAUCUACAAAAGUUAAACCUUGCAUGGAAUCGAUUCGAUGGGUCAUCCAUUUCAGAUAGAUUUGGAGACUUCUCUUUUCUCACACAUCUCAACCUUUCAAACUCAGGAUUGUGUUGUCGAAUUCCUUCAAAAAUCUUACAUCUUCCCACCUUAAUUUCUCUUGAUCUUAGUGACUCUUACUACAAUUCUUUUUUAGAAAUUGGAAAUCAUGAUUUCAUGUUUCUCCUUCAAAAUGCAACACAGUUAAGGGAACUAGUUCUUGAUGGAUUAGACAUCCAUUCAUCUAUACCACCUAUUGUCUCUUCUUCCAUAACAACUUUGAGCCUUUCUGACACAGAUUUACAAGGAAGUUUGCCCUCAAACAUCUUUCACCUCCCAAAUUUGCAAAAACUUUGUUUGCAGUACAACAAAAAUCUCUCAAUUCACUUUCCAAGCACCAAAUGGAACAGUAGUUUGUCUCUCUCAUAUUUGGAUCUCAGCUAUACUAGAUGUCCUCCAAACAUUAUUGAAUCUCUUAGGAAUCUUAGCAGACUCAAGCUUUUGGGAUUAGCAAACUGUGGAUUAAGUGGUAAAGUUUCAGAGACUAUUUUAGAUCUUGAGCAACUCACAGUAUUAGACCUUUCUGAUAACAAUUUGGAAGGUCAAAGGUGGCUUUGCUGA